ACCAGGCCCAAACAACCGGAGCAACACAUUUUUCGCAGCCAUUUUUCCUCUCUCAAGCGUUCAAUCCCUCAAUGUUCUUCCCUUCAUCUGCUCAAUCUCAAGAACAUUCAAAAUAAAAACGAUGAAUGCGAACAGAGGCAUCUUUGCGCUGGUAAAAUCUCACCAGCUUAUCCCUUCGAACAUUAGGGUAUCUUCUUUUCAUUCCACGCAUAUCCUCGAACGCAAGAGACGCUCAUAUUUUGAUCCUGGAAGAAGGGCGAGUAGGAAGGCUCCAUCAAGGAGGUUUAACUAUGAGAACAAAAGAUUUAGGAAAUUCAAUGCAAAACAAACAUUGUUGCGAAAUGUCAGUUCAUUUGCGGAUGAGUUAUUUCAGGUUAUUUCUGAAGAAGAUGAAAUUUUGAUGUCACAACAUUACAUUUUAAUAUAAAAUUGAGGUACUUUAUUUUAAUUGGUGUCACAAUCUUACACCACUUGGAGUGGUGUAUGAUAACAACUCCCAUAAUAUAUAAUACGGAGUAUAUUCUAGAAUCAGCCCAAAAACUUGACAAUAAUGAUAGACUGAUAGUGUUUUAUUAAUUUUGUCAUACCUUUCUAAUGAUUUUGUUUCCUAGUAUUCAGAGCUGGCAUUGUGAUUUUAAUGACGACUAUGAUUCUUCUUCAAGCCAAGGUUGGAGGUGGUUUGACGAGGAUUGUUCGUAUAAUGCAUCAAAUUCAAGCAGAUCAAGGAACAAAGGGCGGUUUGAUGAGGAUUUUUCGUAUAAAGCAUCAAAAUCCAGCAAAUCUAGGAGCAAGGGAUCCCAUAAAUGGAGUGAGUUACGGUUUGUUGAUGAUUUGGGCUUAGAAGUAGAAAACUUUUUCCGUACUGGUUUCGGUGGAAAACACAGCUUCAGUUGGUCAUUUGUAAAUGAAGAUUUCCCACAUAGACAUUCAUCGCGUCACUCUAACACUUAUGGGCAUUCAAAGCAGAGGUUUAGGCAUAAAUAUGAGUAUGAUGAUGAUGAUGAUUAUGGAUCGAGAGAACUUGAAAUGCGCCAAACUGAUUUGAGGUCCCAGCGACUUGCCCUUGGCUUGAAUGCCUCCGGUCCCUUAAAUCUUGAAGAUGUCAAAAACGCAUAUCGUUCGUGCGCUUUGAAAUGGCAUCCGGAUCGCCAUCAAGGUCCUUCCAAGGUGGUCGCUGAAGAGAAGUUCAAGGCUUGCAGUUCGGCUUACCAAUCGCUGUGCAAUAAUAUAUCUCUCAACUAAUCAUCUGCCCCAGCAAGUGAAAUGACGUUUUUAGCCCUUAACGCGUGGCUCCUGUAAUGUUCUCUGUUCAUUUAGGUCAUAAACAAGAAUGCAAGACUGCCUCCAUAUGUAACCUAUUUUUCAUUGACAUUUUUCUUUUUGAAAGUUGUAAAUUGUGAUGCUGUGAUGUACUGUUAUUGCCAAUUUGCCAUAGACACAGGCUUAAGGUUAU